GCUUAACUGGGCAGGUCCUGUGGAGCCUAGCUCAGCUCGCGGGGGCGGGACCGAGUGGCUCCCUCCGCCCUACACAUUGCUGCCACCAGCUCAGCCCAGCCGCAUCCCAGAGCAGAGGCGGCUGCAAGCUCCAGCCGCGUCGCAGCUCCGUGCCGCAGAGAGGCCGGCAGCAGGCGCCACCGCGAGGGACCUGGCCCGGCGCCGCCCGCAUCUCUUGCGCGCAGCUGGGGUCAUGAUAUACUGGGAACCACACAAGAUUAGUCUGGGGAGGCAGAAACCAUAAAGCCCCUGAAACCAGGUCCAGAGAGGAACGAUAAAGGAAAGACUCCCUUUCGGCUCAUCCUUCACCUGUCUUAGAAACAACAGCACAUUUUAACCACAGAUUUCACCUGGGCCACCAGCCACCAUGGAUAAGAACACUGAUGCCCCUGGGGGUCAAAAGAAAACAAAGGAGACCAGCAUGGGAGGCGGCAGCCCAGAAGCCCAGCAAGAUUCUGUGAUGAGGACAGAUUCAUCAGAGAUGACUGAUGUGGAAUCUGUGAUCACCAGCUUUGCGUCCUCAGCCAGGGCAGGCCGCCGCAAUGCCUUACCCGACAUCCAGAGUUCACUGGCUACAAGUGGAUCCUCUGAUCUUCCACUGAAACUGGAAGCGUUGGCCGUGAAAGAAGAUGCAAAAACGAAGAAUGAUGAGAAAGACCAAGGCCAACCAAAAACACCCCUAAAUGAAGGAAAAUGAAGGUUCAGAAUUCAUCAAGGGUGUUGAUUUUAUGCUCAUUGAAAGACAUAGCAGCUAUGUAUUCCUGGGGUGUUUGAUCUGGUAGUAACCAUGGUAACCCAUGGUAGCGUGUGUGUGUGUGUGUGUGUGUGUGUGUGUGUGUGUGUGUGUGUGUGUGCAUGCAUGUGUGUGUGUGUUUUAGGUAAUUUUGUUGUGAUGCUCUGUCCUUAAAUUGCAGCCAUGAUACUGAAAUAGGUUAUUAAAAGGUGUUACUUUCAAAUUGCACCCAAGGAAGGACACACUGUUUAUACCCCAACAAAAUCCACUGUCUAUUUUGGGAUUUACUUAGUCAGAUAUAUGCUUAAUUCUGUCUUAGUGAGUUGGAACAUUUUUCUUGGUAUGUAUAGACCGAAACCUAUUAAUUUAAUACAUUUUAGAAUUUGUAGGAAAUUAUAUUUUUUUGGUGAGAUGGAAUUAGCAGUAAAAAUCACACUUAUAAAAUGUGUUUAUUUUUAAUUAAAAUUUUCACCAUAUUUCCUGUAAAAUAUUAGGAGAGAUCUGAAAACAGUGUCAACAUUGUAACAACUUAAACAUCUCUAGGAUGUUUUUGUCUAAUGUAUUUUCCAUCUAGUCUGAAUGUACUGUAAAUUUUCAUAUCGACCCACAUAACAUAAAAUUUGUGACAAACUUGCUUAUAUAAAACAUGUGUAUUGAAUAAAUCUCACUAUAUUCCUUAACUUGGUGUAUGUGUGCACCUUGUUUAAUGUGGAUUGUACAAGAUAUUGUGCUCCUUUUCUUAGACUGUUUUUCAUUCUCUGGACUUUUGUGUGUAUAUGCAAAUUGUUGCUAGAAUAAUUUCAUCAGAAUGCUGAUCUUAAUUUUUAUAUUUUUUCUAAAGAAUAAUACUAGAAGUUAAAAGAGUAAAAUACAUGCUUUAAAUAUAUAUUUAAAUAUAGGUUUUUUCCUUUUUUUAUUGAAAAUAGAUUUUCAUCUCAUACAUUACAUCCCAACCACAAUUUUCUCUCCUUCCAUUCCCCCUAUUUCUUCCCCAUAGAUCCUUUCCCCUAGAUCCACUCUCAUUUUCCCUUCAGAAAAGAGCAGGCCUCCAAGAAGCAACAGGAAACACAUAAAAAAGAAGAUACAUUAAGACAAGGCAAAAGCCCUCCGAUCCAAUUUGCACAGGGAAACCCAGGAGGAUGAAAAGAGUCCCAAGAGUAGGCAAAAGAAUCAGAGAGUCACCCACUCCCAUUGUUUGGAGUUUCACAAAAACGCAAAGCUAAAAGCCACAACAUAUAUGCAGAAGACCUGCUGCAGACCCCUACAGGCCCCGUGCUUGUCCCUUCAGUGAGCCCCUGUGAACCCUGCUUAGCUGACUCUGUAGGCCAUGUUCUCCUGGUGUCUUCCAUCCUCCCUGUCUUCUACAAUCUUUCCUCCCUGACUUCCACAGAAUAGUUUUCUUUUUAAAAGAGAACAGAAACAUUAACUGAAUAAAACCCCACAGUAGAAAUUCAUAACUGAUACAAAUUUCCUUUCUUUUGUCUUCUGAAAUAGGCUGGGUAUAAAGUGAGGAUACAAUUGAAAGGGUGGAGGAUGGUUUUGUACCUUAAAUCCCCUGCUGCUUGUGCCUGAAUGGAUAAAGGUGAACUUUAUGGCUAUGAAUACCAGAAGCAGAUUUCCAAGAGCUUCAUUGUUUUCAGCUCUCAGAUUAUAUAUAUAUAAAAUAAAGAGCAUUAGUAUGGAGGUGUGCGUUUAAUUAAUAUUUAAUAAAAUAAAUUAGUCAUUAAUUUUUUAAUUUUUAUGAACGUUGUAUAAUGGGGUGAUACUGAAUGAUUGGCAUGACAGAGAGAACAGUUGUUCCCAAAUAGGCUGGGAUUAUGAUUCAGCCUCCUUGAGAACUUUGACACAGUCUGGAGACCACUGGGGAAAGGAAGUGGGGACAGAAGUUGCUGCUGGAAUGGAGAGAACAGAGCUGGGAUGCUGCUAUUAACAGGUAGUAGCCCUUAUGAAGGCCUCCACAGCAGGGUUGUAUAGCCUUUGCUGUCAGUAUUACUGAAGUGGAGAGACCGGGGAAAGAACUCCCUGGAUUUGAAUUUUAUUCCUAUGUACUAGCGAUGUGAUCUUGAAUGAAGAAGAUCCUAUCUGUUAAAUUUCCACCAUACCCUAUGUGGAAUAGAACUGAUAACAAUUUUCAUUUUAUAGUGAGUGUGAUGGUUUGUUUAGAUCAGCAACUUGACACACCUAGGAUCACCUGGGGGAGGAAGAGUCUCUGUGAGGAAUUUUCUAGAUUAGCUUACCUCUGGGAGAUUGUCUUGAUUACACUAAUCCAUGUGGGAAGACCCAGUGUGUUGCGGGUGGUACUAUUCAUUAGGUUUGGGCUCCUAGAUUUCAUAAGAGUGGGGAAAAAAUGGGCAGAGUAUCUAUAACGCAUGCCUGCAUUGAUUUCCUCUCUGCUCUGGACUGUGGAUGUGAUGGGUCAGGUUGUCUUGAGCUCGUGGCACUGUGCCUUCCUCUCAGAGAUGGACUGUAACCUGGAGUUGUUACCUACAAUAAACCCUGUCUCUCCCAAUUUGCUUUUGUCAGGGUAUUUUAUCACAACAGCAUCAAUAAACUAAGGCAGUGGGUGUAGCCGGUAAUGAUACUGUAUACGUAAAGCACUUGAAUAAUGCCCAGAAGAAAUGUUUUGAUAAACAUUAGCUAUUAUCAUCACCAUGCUCCACUGCACUUGGCUUUAUUUGUUGGUCAUGAGGUAGGUGGACAGCUAAAUUGUUUAGUUGACUCUAAUUUUACAAAUGUCCCUAAGUCAUAGUGUUGGGAGAAUAGAUUCUAUUGGAAAUGGACUCUUGGAAGCAUUUGCCACAUCUGUAAAAAAUUCAGUCAUGUUAAUAAGUGUCUGACAGGUAAUGAUUGUAAAUGUAUCUUGUAUUUGCCUAAUAUAAUAGUCAUCUCCUUGACUUACUGCCUCUGCCUGCUAACCAAGGCCUACCAAUGAUGUAGUUCACUCUAUGAGAGCAAACUUCAGGGACCUCCAGCCUGACAUUGAUACCAUUAAUGACAGCUAAUCUUCACUAUUGACUUAGGUGGAUCUAGAAUUAUCCAGGAGAUACCUCUGAACAUAUAUGUGAGAGUAGCUCAGAGAGGCUGAACUCAAUGAGGCUUAUCCUGCAGAUAGGCAGCAUCCCUUCACAGGCUCCCAGACUGAAGAAAAAGUGAAGUGGAAAAAGUCAGCCGAGCACCAAUGUUCAUUUCUCUCUGAUUCCUGACUGCAAAGACAAUGGGAGCAGGUACUUCUUUUUAACAUUCUAGGUUUUUUCCUUCCAGUCUGGCGCUCAAAACUCUUCCUCCUCAAAGCUGGCUUAAAGGUCUGUGAAGCACAUAACCAGGUUUAUCACAGUAGCUCUGUUCUUCAUAGCAGUAUUCUAAAGUUUCUUGUUGCUAUGACAAAAUACCUUAGACAAUCAAAUGAAGGAGGAAGGAUAUCCUUUGGCUCACUGUUUGAAAGGACGUACAGUGGAACAUAGCAGGAAGACAGGAAAAAUGAGGGGGUGCACUGCUCUCUUAAGUAGCUUCCCCUUCCUCUCUCAUCUCGUAAGAGUUUGGGUAUUUCUUGUUCUGUCAAAUCUUCCUCUGAUUCAUCACUUUGUCUGCCACUCAAUUUGACAUCACUUUCAAACAUGGGCACUUUCUUCUACAAACUAAGUUUACCUUCAUUUUUGGGAUUAAAGAUGUGUACUAAGGAUAUGUCUAUAUUUCAGCCAGAGAGAUUAAAGGUGUGUACAAAGGGCUGAGCCAUACUACAAAUAAAAAAAUAAAAACCAAAAAAACCAAAAAACCAAAAAACCAAAAAAGCAGGGGUUUUGAGAAAAUAACAGAAUCUCAGGGUUCACAAUGUAAUCAAAUAUCUGACAACAGAUGAGCCUUGCUUUUUUUGUGGAUGCCAGUAGGGUUUUAUGAUAGUUGUCUAACAAAAUAAUUGUGAGUUAGUAUUUAAAUGAGUAUUUUUUCUAUGAAAAUAAAGAAAAAUAAGCAACACGUAGCUAAUAAUGGCAUUUUCUUUCAUUUACACCCAAACUGUCUUUCUUCAUUAUUACUAGCAGUGAUAAAUAUUCUAUAUUAUGUAUCUCCUACAGGUCAAUAUAUCAUAGUGUAUACACAUAUACAAUGCCCCAUUACAUGUGUGCAUAUUGUAUGUUAUAUGUACAUGUUAUAUGUGUAUAUUAUAUGGACAUUUGCCUUAUAAAGAUAUCAGACUUGUUAACAAAGAAUAUUUAGAGAAAAAGAAUGUAUUAUUUCACUAGGAGGCAAAGACAAAGGAAAAUUUGAGGCUAGAAGUUAUAUAAAAACAAAAUUGAAAUUUCUCAUGAGCAUUUUAUUUUCUUUUUAGUGUAAAGAGUAUUAUAUUUUAGGAAGUAGACACUUUCAAUGGAAAUUACUUGACUGGGCAGGUGUAGCUAAUAAACAAAAGACUUCAGCUCAUUUUUGCAUUGUCUUUGUGUACGGUUCCUGCUUGAGUUAAUUAUUAGACAGUCUUAAUUAGCCCAGUCAGAUAAUGAGGCUAAAAUGGAACAAUAAAGCUAUUGAGUGGCUGUGCACAAAGUUACCUCUCUCCAAACGAAGAGAGAGAACAAAAGUAAUCCAUUCUGUGUCCUGUGCUGGGGAGGCUUUGUGAUAUGAGGGAGGGGGAAUGUUUGAGUCUUAUCGGGAUGUGACUAAGAGUCGAGCAUCCUACUGC